CUGGCAGCCAUCUUUAGAACUUUAUCAGCUGCUUUAAGGGGUUUUAUCUGCCACCCCCCAAAUGUGUGUUUGCAGGGGCGGGACCAUCUUGGCUCCGCCCAUCCACCAAUGACAUCAUCAGUGGUGAGUCCGCUGGUUGUCAUACUUUCUCAUACUUGCGACUUUCUACUUGUUGGAUUACUGCCUUUGCUGGUCUACUCUAGUAACACCCCCUUUGCUGGAAGAGUACCCUGUUUGUUGUAGUAGUACUGUUUGCUGUAGUAGUACUGUUUGCGGGAGUAGUGGUACUCCCUUUACUGGAGUUGUACUGUUUGCUGGAGUAGUACUGUUUGCUGUAGUAGUACUGUUUGCUGGAGUAGUACUGUUUGCGGGAGUAGUGGUACUCCCUUUACUGGAGUUGUACUGUUUGCUGGAAUAGUACUGUUUGCUGUAGUAGUACUGUUUGCUGGAGUAAUACUGUUUGCGGGAGUAGUGGUACUCCCUUUACUGGAGUUGUACUGUUUGCUGGAGUAGUACUGUUUGCUGGAGUAGUACUGUUUGCUGGAGUAGUACUGUUUGCGGGAGUAGUGGUACUCCCUUUACUGGAGUUGUACUGUUUGCUGGAGUAGUACUGUUUGCUGUAGUAGUACUGUUUGCUGGAGUAGUACUGUUUGCUGGAGUAGUACUGUUUGCUGGAGUAGUACUGUUUGCGGGAGUAGUGGUACUCCCUUUACUGGAGUAGUACUGUUUGCUGUAGUAGUACUGUUUGCUGUAGUAGUACUGUUUGCUGGAGUAGUACUGUUUGCUGGAGUAGUACUACUGUUUGCUGGAUUAGUGGUAUUCCUUUUGCUGUAGUAGUACUGUUUUUGUGUAGUAAUACACCAUAUACUGGAGUAGUAUUACUGUAUUUACUGGAGUCGUAGUAGUGUAUUUUCUGGAGUAGUAGUACUACCUUUGAUGUAAUAGUACUGUUUGCUUAAGUAUAGUACUACCUUUUCUGUAAUAGUACUGUAGUAAUACCCAAUUUGCUGGAGUAGUAGUAGUGUAUUUGCUGGAGUAGUAGAAGUACUGUGUUUGUGGUAGUAGUAUUAUAUUGGUGGGGUUGUGUUACUGUGUCUUGUCUUAUAGUACUAUUGUAUUUGCUAGUAGUAGUACUGUCUUUUGUGUUGUAGUACUGUUUUGUUUUGUUUCGUAGUAGUACUGUAUUUGGUUUAGUGGUAGCACCCCUUUUUGUACAGAGUCAAAGUACUAAUACUUGACUUUGUGCAGUAGGACUGUUGUACUUUGUGUAGUAGUAAUACUGUACUUUGUGUAGUAGUAUUAUUGUACUUUGUGUGGUAGUAUUCCUAAUGUACUUUGUGUAGUAGUAAUACUGUACUUUGUGUAGUAGUACAAUUUUACUUUGUGUGGUAGUAGUACUAUUGUACUUUGUGGAGUAGUAGUAUUGUACUUUGUGUAGUACUAAUAUAUACAGAGGAAUCAAAAGACGUGCAGGCUGGUAGUCAUCACCGCCAUGAUGACAUCAUCACUCCUGCUGUUGGCGUGCUUGAAGCUGGCAUGCUCACAGGCUCCUCCCACCAACCACACUCAGACCAAUCACAGCAAAUGUGGCGGCAGCAGCGGGUGCAAAGAUGGCGUCAUGUUGUCGGUGUGGCGGCCGGAAGACCCCGCCUUCUCCGAGCGGGUGGCUCGGGCCAGCAUCUAUUUCCUGGGCUUGGUGUACAUGUUCCUGGGGGUGUCCAUCAUCGCCGACCGCUUCAUGGCGUCCAUCCAGGUCAUCACGUCCCAGGAGAGGCAGGUCAGCAUCAAGAACGCCAAUGGACAGAAGGAGACCGCCACUGUGAGGGUCUGGAAUGAGACCGUGUCCAACUUGACCCUCAUGGCGCUGGGCUCCUCGGCGCCAGAAAUCCUGCUGUCCGUGGUGGAAGUCUGCGGACACAACUUUGACGCCGGCGAGCUGGGCCCCAACACCAUCGUGGGAAGCGCCGCCUUUAACAUGUUCGUCAUCAUCGGCCUCUGCGUCUACGUCAUCCCCGACGGGCAAACGCGGCGAGUCAAACACUUGCGCGUCUUCUUCGUCACGGCCGCCUGGAGCGUCUUCGCCUACACCUGGCUCUACCUCAUCCUGGCCGUCUUCUCGCCGGGCGUCGUUCAAAUCUGGGAGGGGCUUCUCACGCUCUUCUUCUUUCCCGUCUGCGUGGGCUUAGCGUACGUUGCCGACCGCCGUCUGCUCUUCUACAAGUACGUGUACAAGCGCUACCGAGCCGGGAAGCACAGGGGCGUCAUUAUCGAGACCGAAGGCCAGCCGGAGUUUGGCUCCAAAGCUGACGUGGAAAUGAAUGUCGGAAGCUUCCUGCCGGGGGGCCAGGAGUUACCACAUUUCCCUGAGGAAAUGCGACGGGGCAGGGAGGAGCUGCAAAGGGACCAAGAGCUUUUGCAGGGUGAAGAGCGGCAAUGUGGCGAAGAGCUUCUGCAGGGUGGGGAGCCACAGCAGGGCAAGGAGGAGCUGGCGAGUGGCGAGGGUGGCUUGAGAUGGGAAGAAGCGGAGUUGAAAGCCAAGCAGAUGACCCCGCUGGCCACGACAGGAAGAGCUGACGUCCCAAAGAAGAUGGCGGCCCACCAGACAAGAACAAACCGCUCCUCCUGCGAGGUCUUCUUCCAGUCGUCCAGCUAUCAGUGUGUGGAGAACUGCGGCAGCGUGGCGUUGAACGUGGUUCGCCGAGGCGGUGGCCUUAGCGCGACGGUCGCCGUGGACUACCACACACAAGACGGGAACGCCAUCGCCGGGUCAGACUACCGUUCGGCCCGCGGAACCUUGGUGUUCGCAGCAGGCGAGACGGUUAAGGAGAUCCUCAUCGACAUCAUGGAUGAUGACAUCUUUGAAGAAGAGGAGCACUUCCUGGUGCACCUGAGCCACGUGAGGCUGGUGUCGCAGCAGGAAGAAGAAGAAGAAGAAGAAGAAGAAGAAUCCCAGGUCACUUUAGGUGUGUCCUCCACCGCCACCGUCGCCAUCUUGGAUGACGACCACGCGGGCAUCUUCAGCUUGGAGGAGGAGGUGCUGACUGUGAGUGAAAGUGUGGGCGUGAUGGAGGUGAAGGUGCUGAGAAGUUCAGGAUCCAGAGGACUUGUUGUGCUGCCGUACAGAACACUUGAAGGCAGUGCCAGAGGUGGAGGGCGACACUUUCAGGACAGUCAUGGUGUCCUGCAAUUUCACAACAACCAAAUAUGUCAGAAGGUGAGCAUCCAGGUGGUGGCGGAGGAGCGUGAGAAGUACGAGGAGAAGAAGAAGAACUUCUUCCUGGAGCUGGGAGAGCCCCGCCUGCUGGAGAUGAGCCAGAGAAAAGCUGUUCUCCUCCAAGAAGAAGAAAAAGAAGGUGGACUUUGCCCAACAGGCGGCCAGGGUGUGGCCACCAAGGAGGACCAGGAGAGGCGCAUCGCACAGAUGGGUCUACCUCAGUUGGGCCAAUACACCAAAGUGGAAAUCAUCAUCGAAGAGUCGUACGAGUUUAAGAGUGCGGUGGACAAAGUGAUGAAGAAGACCAGACUGGCCGUGCUGAUAGGAACAACAUCAUGGAGGCAACAGUUUGUGGACGCCAUGACAGUCACUGCAGGUGAUGAUGAUGAUGAUAAAGAAGAAGAGAAGAAGGUUCCCUCCAGUCUGGACCAUGUGCUUCACUUCCUGACUGUCUUCUGGAAGCUUCUGUUUGCUUUAGUCCCGCCUACAGACUACUGCAGGGGUUGGCCCUGCUUCCUGGUGUCCAUCAUUAUCAUCGGGGUGUUGACCGCCAUCAUCGGGGACCUGGCCUCUCACUUUGGCUGCACCGUGGGCCUCAAGGACUCUGUCACCGCCGUGGUCUUUGUUGCCUUGGGCACCUCUGUACCAGACACCUUUGCCAGCAAGACGUCGGCCUGCCAAGACCAGUACGCCGACGCCUCCAUCGGCAACGUGACUGGAAGUAACGCCGUCAAUGUGUUCCUGGGCAUCGGUGUGGCCUGGUCCAUUGCUGCCGUCUACCAUUACUCCAAGAACCAGGAGUUCAAGGUGGACCCGGGAACGCUGGCCUUCUCUGUCACGCUCUUCACCAUUUUCGCCUUCAUCUGCAUCGCCGUCCUCCUCUACCGGCGCCGACCCGGGAUCGGCGGAGAACUGGGCGGGCCGCGGGUGCCCAAGAUGUUGACCACGGCUUUGUUCUUCAGUCUGUGGUUGAUGUACAUCAUCUUGUCCUCACUGGAGGCCUACUGUCACAUCCAAGGCUUCUAGUCUGCUCCAACAUGGACACCCAGCUCUUGGUCACAUGACCAAACCCCAUGGGGACAUGUUUGGAUAUUAGCAUUAGCUUUAGCACACGAUAGUAAACACAUUCAAAUCAGGUUGUCUGUUUUGGAAUUUUUACUGUUCAAUAAAGAAACAUUCAGUUUCUGAAAACAUA